AUGGAAUAUGCUAAUAAUGGUAGUCUUCGAAGCUAUCUGGAAAAAAAUUUUGGUAAAAUUACAUGGGAUGAUAAAUAUAUUAUGGCAUACCAGUUAGCUUGCGCUGUGUCAUGCUUAUAUAAUGAAGGGAUUGUUCAUCGUGACUUGCAUUCUGAUAAUAUAUUAGUUCAUCAAAACAUGAUCAAAUUGGCGGAUUUUGGAUUAUCGAAAAGAAUUGGAGCGUCAUCAAAUACAACCUCCUUUUAUGUUGAAGGUGAAGAAUAUGAUGUUGGUUUAGCUUUAGAAAUUUUACAAGGUCUUGGAGAAACAGUUGUUCCUGAUACACCAGAAAACUUUGUAACAAUUUAUAUUAAGUGUUGGGAUGGGGAACCAGAUAAUUGUCCAAAUAUAUAUCAAGUAGAUGCAAUUGCAAAAAAUCUUCAAUUGUCAGGUAAACAAGAAGUCAAUGAUGCUUCAAAUCAAGUUAUUGAAUAUCUUCAUAAUUUUAAUACUAAUCCAGAAGAAAUUUGUAAUUGGUUAUCAAAUAAUCAAAAUAGUUCAAAUUCAAUUUUUUUAUUUAAAUAUUUUAAUCGUAAUGGAAUUGCAACAAAUAUAAAAAAGGCCAUUUAUUGGUAUGAAAGAGCUUCAAAAAGGGUUAUGUGUAAUCUUAGUCUUUGUUAUUCGAAUGGAAAUGGUGUUGAUAAAGAUGAUAAUAAAACCUUUGAAUUGUCUAAGCAAUCAGCUGAAGAGGGUUAUUCAAAUGGAAUAACCAUGUUAGGAUAUUGUUAUGAAAUAGGUAUUGGAACUAAAAUUGAUAAGCAAAAAGCAUUUGAAUUAUAUCAAAAUGCUGCAAAUCUGGGAGAAAAGGCAGCACAACAUAAUCUUGGUAAUAUGUAUGAAUUUGGAAACGGAAUUACAAUAGAUAUAGACAAAGCAAUUCAUUGGUAUGGAAAAGCUGCCAAAAAAGGACAUAAAAAUGCACAAAAUAGAUUAGAAACACUUCAAAAAUCAUAA